CCGCUCGCACCUCUCCCUGUCAAUCUUGAUCAUUGGGGUCAUCUUCUGCCAUCGCGAUGCGUUCUCUUCCGAUUCUUGUGUCGGGCGUGCUCGGUGCUGCUCUGGCUGCUGCUCGCGGUCUUCAGCAUGUCGGCCCAUCUAUGGCUAACAGAAUUGUCAGCCACCCACGGGUCGCACGGUCCGCAGUCGCCAGAGGUCAUGCCACACCACCUCCUUGUGCUCCAGAGCCUCUGAUUCCCCAUAACGCCAAUACGACCAAGUACAUCGUCAAUGGCACGGGCAUUCCCGACGUCGACUUCGAUAUUGGCGAGUCGUAUGCCGGUCUCAUGCCUACGGGUGAAGAUGCGUCGCGUUCCUUGUACUUCUGGUUCUUCCCAACCGCAAACCCGCAGGGCAAGGACGAUGUCGUGAUCUGGCUCAACGGCGGGCCUGGCUGCAGCUCGUUGGAAGGUUUCCUGCAAGAAAACGGGCCUUUCAUCUGGCAGUACGGUACAUAUAAGCCGACAAAGAAUUACUGGACAUGGGCCAAUCUGACAAACAUUGUCUGGGUUGAACAACCUGUCGGAGUCGGUUUCUCUCAGGGCGAACCUACCGAAAAGAACGAAGACGACGUCGCUAAAGAAUUCCUCGGCUUCUUCAAGAACUUUGUCGACACUUUUGCGCUACAGGGCAAAAACGUCUACGUCACAGGCGAGAGCUAUGCUGGCUUCUACGUGCCUUAUAUUGCCGGUGCAAUGCUCGAUAAGGAGGACAAGACGUACUAUAACGUUAAAGGCACCUUGAUCUACGACCCCGUUAUCGGUAACGAAGCGCUACAAACUGACGUCGUUGCCGUGCCCUAUGUCGACAAGUGGGCUGGGCUUUUCAACUUCAACGAGUCGUUCACGGCCCAGAUCCACAAGAGCUACGAGUCCUGCGGCUACAAGGACUAUGUCGACAAGUACCUCACUUACCCCCCUCCAGCAACCGGCAGCUUCCCCAAUCCCGCCGAAGCGUCCAGCGAGACAGGAUGCGACCUGUGGACGCAGGUUGCAAACGCCGUGUUCUUGACGAACCCCUGCUUCGACUACUACCAGAUCGCUACCACGUGCCCUGUGCUCUGGGACGUCCUUGGCUUCCCUGGCUCGUUCGACUACCUGCCAGCCGGCGCAGAGAUCUACUUCAACCGCACCGACGUCCAGAAGGCCAUCAACGCACCCACGCAGGAAUGGAACGAGUGCGUCAAUGGUGUGCUGGAGAAUGACGACUCCGCGCCGUCGGCGUGGUCGGUGUACCCAAGUGUCAUCGAGCGUUCUGAGCGCACCGUCCUGGCGCAUGGAAACCUCGACUACGUUCUCAUCGAUAUGGGCGCACGGCUGGCGAUCCAGAACAUGACCUGGGGUGGAAAGCAGGGAUUCCAGGAGGAGCCGGGCAAGGAUAAGUUCUUCGUGCCUUAUCACCCUGAUGCCAGCCUGGAAACUCUCGCCGCGUCAGGAGAGAUGGGUAUUGUUCACACGGAGCGUGGGUUUACCUGGGUCGAGACGUUUCUGAGCGGGCACAUGGUGCCUCAGUAUCAGCCGAGCGCAGCAUACCGCCAGCUCGAGUACUUGCUCGGUAGGAUUGACAGCCUGACGGAGAAGGGAGAUUUCACCACCCAGUCGGGUAAUUAUGGCAACUGAGAGGGACUCGGCUGUGCUGGUGCUGGCGGCUGUUGGAUCACUGGCAAAGAAGACCUAAUGCCGGAGGAGCCUAUUAUAUCAAGUUGCAGAACUGUUUGCAAUGAGCCAAAUGUGCAACAAAUAAUGAUUCUUCUCCUGGCAGU